GCCUCCCCCGCUCCGCUCCGCUCCGCCGCCGGCACCCGCUCAGGAGCCCGCGGGCGGCCGCGCAGGAAGCGCGCUCGGCCGCCGCCUCCCCGCCGCCGUCGCCGCCGCCGCCAUGGCGGUGCGGAGCCGCGGCGCUUGGCGGCGGCUGCUGCUGCUGCUGCUCCUGGCCGGCUCCGCCGCCAGCCCGGCGGAGGAGGGCGGCGGGCGGCGGGAGGCGGGCGGCGGGGAGCACGGCGAGGAGGCGGCGCGGUCUCAUCACGACUCCUCGUACGGCACCUUCGCCAGCGAGUUCUACGACCUGCGCUACCUCUCCGAAGAAGGUUACCCUUUCCCUACUGCUCCUCCAGUGGAUCCAUUUGCAAAGAUCAGAGUAGAUGACUGUGGAAAAACCAAGGGAUGCUUCAGGUAUGGUAAACCUGGAUGCAACGCGGAGACUUGUGACUACUUUCUAAGCUACCGUAGAAUAGGAGCUGAUGUUGAAUUUGAGUUGAGUGCAGAUACAGAUGGCUGGGUGGCAGUGGGAUUUUCCUCAGACAAGAAAAUGGGAGGAGAUGAUGUCAUGGCUUGUGUUCAUGAUGAUAAUGGAAGAGUCCGAAUACAGCACUUCUAUAACGUCGGUCAGUGGGCUAAAGAAAUCCAGAGAAAUCCUGCUAGAGAUGAAGAAGGGGUUUUUGAAAACAAUCGUGUGACAUGUCGAUUCAAGCGUCCAGUAUAUGUUCCCCGAGAGGAAACCAUUGUAGAUCUGCACUUGAGUUGGUACUAUCUGUUUGCUUGGGGUCCAGCAAUUCAGGGUUCUAUAACUCGUCAUGAUAUAGACUCACCACCUGUAUCAGAGCAUGUUGUCAGUAUUUACAAGUAUGAAGAUAUUUUCAUGCCAUCAGCUGCCUAUCAGACCUUCUCUUCUCCAUUCUGCUUGCUCCUCAUUGUUGCACUGACCUUCUAUUUAUUGAUGGGAACCCCAUGACUGGUGGAAAACAGCAAGAAUUUGGCAGUGGAAGUUUCUCGGGAUGGACGGCUAUAUGGAUGGACAAUGCAUUUUUCUAUUGGAAUUUAUAUCACACCACCAUCCUCAUCUAGGUGCUUUUGAACAUAGUUAGCUUCUCAGAAGAAUGAAAUAACCAUCUCCUUUGAGUGGCAAAGUGGUGACAAAUCAUUUAAGAAUAAUCAGUGAACAUAUAGGAGAAUAUUUUCAGUGUCGUGACUGCUUGCUUAAAGAAAAGGAACUUUUGUAAAAUCAAUGUGCGUGUGCUAUGUGUGUUUGAGAGGGGUGUCUGUAUGUGUGUUUAGGAGAAUUUAGUGAUGGACACCUUAUCACAUAACAAAAUUGCCUUCCAAAUUGCUCCCAAAAAGCGAAUUUGGGAAAACAUUAUAAUGUUGUUUGGUACUUCUGGAGAAGACAGCACAAUUCCAGGCUCAGUUUCUGAACUUAAGAUCUGGAUACCGACACAGCAGUAUAAAACCUGCCCUUCAGUAAUGGACAGUUCUCCCUUUUUUUAUAUAUUUAUCAAGGUUUACAUGGCCUGGUACUUUCCAAAACUAAAGUACUGAAGCAAAACUUUCAUACUGAAGCAUUAACGUGAUUUUUUUUCAAUGGAAAAGAGGUGAUGAAUGUCUUUAUUAUAGUAGUGUUUAAACAGCCUUCUUGAAAGAAAUGGCUACUUCUCCUCUGAGUGAGAUAUAAAGUUAUUUAAAAAAGGGGAAGGGAGAAUACAGUAGUGAUAAUUUUCCAUACAUAGGAAAACCACGUGUAAAACAUGCAGAAUAUAGAAGUUCCCAACAAGCCAUAGGGUAUCCUCCCAAUAGAUUUAAUCAAUUUUUCUCUUUUUAUGCAAAAAAAAACAAACCAAACCACCCCAAACCAAACAGUAACUUUGCUGACAUGUAAAUAUGUUUUUAACAGUCAUGUAGGAGUAUGAAGUAAUCUGUUUUUCUGUGUUGUAUGCUUGUAUAUCCUGUUCAUCUUAAGGAUGAAUAUGGGCAGCUGGUGUUAACUUACAUAGAAAUGGAAAUAUAAUUGAGAUUAUUUGUAAGGAAAGAUAGGGAUUAAUAAGAAGAGAAGUAGCUUUAGUUUCAUCAAACUGUUGCUAAAAUGUAGUUACCGUGGAAAAAGGUGAGGUAAAGAGGAAGUACAUUAGAUUUUUUUAUCACUAAUAAGUAUUACAAAGAUGAAUGCUAAAUAUUACAGAAAUGAAAAGUGUCAAAAUGUAAUUAUGAGCCACAGAAUAUUAUGAAAAACUUUGAGUUUUUAUGGAGAAUUUCUGUUCUUCACCUAAUAGGAAGUGUAUGACACAUGUCUACAUGUAGCAAUUAAAUGUGCUUAGAUAAGGUUGCUCAUUCACCUCUCAACUUGCAUUAAAAUUCUAUUUAAAUAGAAUUAAAAUUUAAAUUGUGCCAAAGUUCUAAUGAAUGUGGUACGCUUGAGAACUCUGCAACAUAGGAUCUGGUACAGUAUGGGAUGGACCUCCUUUCUAUUCUCGUUGCUGCAUACAGUGUAAAAAGAUUAACUAGCUUUGCUGGGUUUGCAUCAUUAUUCACAGACUGAAGUUUGUAGACUAAUAUCUUUUUAGACUCAGCAUUCUUCAAACCUAUGCUUAAAGUAUAUGAAUUCAAUUGAAAAUUAAUUUAUCUCCAUCACAAACACUUUAUUCCACUUUCAAAAGAAAGAUUGCUUAGCAAUACAUAUUUACACUGAUGUCUUUAAAUAUUUGUUCACUUAAAAUUACUGGACUAGAGUUCAGGAGAGGAAGAAAAAUUCCGAAUAAAGUGAAUUUUAUAAGUGCAUAUAAUAGCUUUAUUUAGUAUAAAUUACUUCUCUCAAGCAGGAUAACAUGCUUAUCAUCUGGUGAAAUCCAGAGUAGAGACAACUUAAUAAGGAAGGUCUGCUUUGGUCCAUGAUGGCUGUAAACUUUAGCCUUAAGACUGGCUGAAGCAGAUAGCUGAAGCCUGGAUAAAGAGUUUUCUAUUCAGCAACCAGGUGAAGUGAUGAAAUCAUUAGGGCAAAUUCUUUCUCCUUUGUGCUAAUUUGUAGACAGCUGUGAUAACUGUGAUCUCUGAGAAGGAACUGCACUAUUUAAAGUAGCCUCAGGGUUGCUUUAGUUUAUGGCCUUGUAUUUACUAUUUUAGUGUCAGGCAUUUACCUGAUUACCCACCAAAGGGCUAAUCUAAUAAUUGUAAGGUACUGAAAUAGGAUAGAAACUCAUUUUGGCUCCUCUUUUCUUUAAUACAGCGAUGGAUUUAGGAUAGCCUGAUUGGACCUGUGUGUAGAGGUAUGUUAAAGAUGACAAUACUAACACCAAGGUAAAUGUGCAACACCCAUAGAACUGCUUUCCACUUACAUGGAGUCAGACAUGGUUAAAGUUCAGGGUCUCAAUUGACAGUGAAUUCAGAGCAGAGGCAGAGCUGCUUGAGGAUAUGUCUCCUGCAAAGUAAAAACUGUUUUUGUCUUCAGCUGUACUAAGGUUCUAAAGCAGGGCAAAAAAUACAUUUGGUUGGUUUUGGGUUUUUUUAACCCUUUUUCAGUUUCCUUGUCGGUGUCUGUCUGGUGUUUUUGUAAUCAUAUUUUUCUGUUGAAGUAUUAGCAAAAAUGUGCAUUUCUGUAAAAACUUUCACCCAAGCUUUGAAGUACUUAAUUAGCACCAAUUAAGUAUUUAUAAUCAAAUGGGUGGAAAUAAAAAGCCACAACAAACAGCAAAAUGCUCUAUUUGGCAUUUCAGCUGAUGGUUGAGUUUAGCUCUGAGUUUGUGAGAGUUGCACUUCCGAGUAGGAAAAGCAGGAGUAUGAGAUUCAAGUUGACAAACCAAGAAGGUACAAGUGUUUAGAAAUUUCUAGUUGGGAAGAAAUAUGAAAAGAAAAAGGCAUAAAAGAAAUGAAAAGGUUUUAACUCAGCAGUAUUUAAUUUUGAAUGAUAUUUCUUAAGUCUUAACAUUUGAGUGGGCACAGUAACUUGUCAUGGAAGGUAUUUUGGUUUUCAUGUAUUUGGGUGGGUUUUUUUCUUUCGAUAUUGAAAACAAGGAUUUGUCCUUGUUAUAGAAAGUCACUACAAAGUAACUUCCCUAAAAGUAAUUUUGAAGUGAUUAUGACAUUUCAAAUUUUUUUCUUUGUUUUUCUAAUUAACAGUUACCAGCAUAAAGUAGAGGAAAAGGCCACCUGUGGCAAAGGAGGCAGACGUUUCCUUCUCAAAAUCAAAAGAAUUUUUAGGUUUUUUUAUGGUGACUACUAGCAAGCAGCUGUUAAGCACUUUAGCAAUAUGUUCUUUUUAUUUUGAGAAUUACUUGCUGCAGGGUGACCUAAUACAGAAGCAUAGAGUUUAGAAAGUGCAUGUUUAGAGUAUGGUGUCCUUUGGAAACUUAACUUUGAUUAUUAAUAAGAGAGAUAUGACUGGCAAAGACCAUAAGAUAAUAAUUAACAUCCUCAAAUAGGUUCUUUCCAUGCAGAAAUUCAGUUGUGGCCAUUGGUUGUAACAUUAACUAUGUUAUCAUCUUCUGCUUACUCUGUCCAUCUUAACUAGAAUGCUUUAUACUUAAAGUUUGUACAUUACUUGGAAGUGAAAGCAGGUGUUUAUAUUUGUGACAGUGCCUAUUGCAAAGGGACCUUGUAUUUUGACUGUGGUGUCUGACUGGUACCCUGCUACAAAUACUAAGCUAGGCCUGAAAUUACAUUGAUAAGUAGGGUAGAAAAGAAAGAAUAAGAAGUGGAGAGGGCAGGCUUUCAGAAAGUAAUUUUUUUCUUUGCUGCAAUUAAACAACUGUGUGUAUUUUUACGUCUAGGUGAGAUAACUCCUAGGCACUGUUUGAUCCCACCCUUUUCCCCCCCUUUCUUCUCCACUGCCCAAAAAAAACCCCAACCUGAUAAUGGUUUGAUUUGAUUUGAUAGUUGAUUUGAUAAUGUUAUUGGAUACCGGGUGAUGCUUGCUUCAAAAUUCCAUUGCUAUAAAAGAAAUGCUCUGGUUUCGAAAGAGAGCAUGUUGAAAUGAGAAAAAUUUGAAAUCCCUCUGUGGCCGCCUUGUCCAUUUUGAUUAGUUUUGCAGGACUUGGAUAGAAAGAAAAUAAGCACUUGUGGCCUCCCUAACCUGAGGAAACAUGCAGAUUGGGUUAAAAGUUGUCAAAGCUGUGUUUGGCACUGACUCUUCCAGUCUUCAGCACAGCGAUUAGAGAAUACUUGGAGCAUGGCCUACAUGAGCAAGCCCUCCAGACAAUGGACUUGAAGCUUGCUUGGGGCACCAUAUCCUGGUUCUGAACCAGCAAGAAGAGCUAGUUGGAACUAGAUGAUCUUUAAGGCCUCUUCCAACCCAACCCAUUCUAAGACUCUUUUGCCAAACUGUGGAUGGUGUGCUUAUUGUGAGUGAUAGCAACUAGUCUUCAGCUAAGAAGUACCAUGCUCCUUGUCAGUAACUCGUGUCCUGUGCCUGUUUCUGCAUAUGCCUUAUGUUAUUUAGUGAGGUAAUAAUGAGAAGUCUUAGUCCAGCUGUGAAGAGGAAUUAGUGGGUAAAGAGGACUGACACACAACUGUUUUGAUGAUUAUCCAAGUCACAGAAAUCUGUUGAUGAUACUCCAGUUGUCUGUAAGUAAAUGACUGCUAUAAAUUUAAGGGAAGACAGAGGUCUCCCUGCUUUUUUUGCCUGUCUUCUCCUUACUUUCCAAUCCCUCCAAUGCAUCAGACACUUACAAAGAAGCAAGUUAUUCUCCUUUUAGAGAAUAGACCCUCUUGUCUUGUCUUUCUGGACUCUUCUGUGUUCACUGGAAGUUUGCACAUGCCAUACUUUAGAGACAGAAUUAAAAUUUAUGUGCCAACUUCAUAACUUUUAUUAGCAUUUAAAUUGCAUUUUGUAACUCUGUGCUUUUGCUGUUUCACCACAUUGAUCUGUAGCAACUUUUUUUUUUUUUUUUUAACAUCUUCAAAUAGUUUCCCCAAAGAAAAGUAUUAGGUAAUAGCUUUAGGAGAAGGAAAUGUAUUUCACAGAAUUACAGAAAUUCUAAUAACACUUAUUUUCAGAGUUCCCUAAUGUGAAAAGUGCUAAUAUUUUAUACAAAGCAUAACUUUGUCUAGAGCCUUAGAUUUAUGAUAGAAGUGAAAACAUUUAAAUACUACAGUUGUUUCAAUGCUUCGUGACAUAACUUUGCAUGAGUUGGCAUCCUGUUUCAACCCUAGCUCCACAGUGUGUAAGGAAUGGGCAAAGCAGUCUGAAUGCUACACAGAGGUAGCAUUAUGUGGUGACCUCAGAUAAUAUGGGAUAGAAGGGUGGAGAGACUGAUAGUAAGGCUGAAUGACAAGGAAGGGCUACUGCUUCGGGCACGCUUCCUAUUUUUGCAUGAGUUUACAUGUGGCACUCUUAAUCACAAGCAAAUAUUACUUGAUGUGAAUAGAAGGAAGAGAGUCUGUCUUGAAUGAGAAUUAAGCUGUUACGCAGGUCCUGGCUGUGUCAGGGCUGAUGUGGGCACAAGGUCAAACUAUGCUGCAAGACGUCUACUCCCAUCUGACUCCAAGAUAAGAGCUAGAGGCUUGAUCUUGCCUUUAGAGGUAUAAAAGCCUGUCCAAACCCCAUAGGUAGUAGCAGCAGUCCGCUGCUGUGGGAAGUACCGGCUCACUGGCCAUUUUACAAACUACUCACAGGAGUUUGAGUGUCAAAAGAUGGGGGCUAUAGAUCUUUUUCUUAACAGCUGUCGCUGUACAUUAUCUAUCUGUUCUAAUUAAAUUUUCGUUAUCACUAUUUCUGUAGCAGUGUGUUAGGGCCCGAUACAGCACUCCCACAACCUGCCGAGCACAGACAUGGAUCAAACUGGAAGGUUUUAAAGAUCUCGAUUUCCUGAGUUCAAAAAUUAGUUUAAAAAAAAAAAAAAAAAAGCAUAUGUCGACUUUUCACAUCUUGUAUUUUUGUAUUUAUUUUUUAUGUAGUUGUUUCUGUGGAAUUUAUGUGAUUUUUGCAGAUACAGAGUAAAUUCUAAGUAAACCUUCCUUUUCUAAACCUGUUUUAUUAAUAUGAAAUAAUAAUUUUGUUAUUUUUCAUUUUAUUCCUUUGAUUUUUACAAUAGGUUUGGUAAAAUUAUGUAUGCCUGAACUUGGUUAUUUAACUUAUCUAAUUUGGGCUCAGAUAGUGAGGCAAAACCAGUGCAAUUUUGAAAUGUCAGGGAGGAUGUGUGCAGCUUGUGGAGUUGAUAGGUGUGAAAAAGCAGACUUAAAAGACAUUACUUGCUUUGAAAAUCUGUGACUUGACUUGGCAAUAGCAAUGAAUCUGCUGCAAGGGAAGGGGCAGAUUUUUUUCUUUUUUUUUUUCUUGGAUUGCUGAGUAGUUUCAAUUGCACUUACAGAUUGUAUCAAGUUCAAAGGGACCCAUAAGGAUCAUUGAGUCCCACUCCCUGCUCCAUGCAGGACUGCCUAAAACUAACCCAUAUGACGAAGAACAUCAUUGACACUCCUUGAACUCUGAUAGGCUUGGUGGGGUGACCACUCUCCUGGGGAGCCUGUUCCAGUGACCAACUGCCCUCCCGGUGAAGAACCUUUUUCUAAUGUCCAAUCUGAACUUUCCCUCACCAGCUGCACAAUCAAUCACAACUGUUGCUUUUACCCUGCUUCUGCGGUUCUUAUCUAAGUAGGAGUGUUCUUUUAAACCAAUGUGAGGUUGGGAUACGUGCAGGACUUCACAGCCUGUAUUUUAGAGCACCUGCUGCUCUGUAUAGGCUCGUUUUGAUCUGCAAUUAGAGGCUGUUUAGGAAUGUCCUUACAAGGUGAACUUUCAUGUGGUGCUCUUAAGAAACUUUCUGUAAAGUUAUGCUCUUUAGAGAGUUACAGAAUUACUUGAUAGCAGCUCUUUUCUGAGCUGUUUCUAAAUGAUACUCAAAUCUAUGUUUGCACUUUUAAGGAAGUAAUUGGAUUUUUCAAAAGUGCCAAGCAGGCGCAAACCUUUUAUGGCUCCAAUGCCUGCAUAGGGCAGUGAAUAUUUUAUGCCAACGAGUGAUUGCAACGUUUUGCCUGAUUUAGUUUCACAUCUCCCUCUUAAGCUUGACAUUAUUCAGCUCAAUUUCAUAAGAUGGUAUUAGUAGAAGACUAAAUAAAGGAACUUGAGUUGUAUGCCAAGGAAUAAAAAUAUUCUUGCUGAUUUUUCAUAACAGUAAUCUGCAAGGUUUAAUGAAAAAUAUACUUCCCAGAAUUAAUAUUUGGGCAAUGUAAUUUUGCUGAAGGUAUUUAUGUGUGUGUAACUCUGAGAAUUAUACAAGAGAGUUUAAAACCAAAAGGAUAGACUCUGCUUUGGAGACGAAGAUAAAACACAAACCUACAUGUUCCCUGACUUCUAGCUGGGUUUUGGGAGGCAGAGUGAAUACAUAGAAACCUGAGAAGUUACCUGUACAGUAUUAGCUUUUUGGGUUUUAUAUGCUAACCUUCUGUUACCUUGUUAGGUACAAAAAAUAGCCUCACGUUAGUCUUUUUACAGUAUUAUUUUUUUAUUUUUCCCCCAAACAAGGUGAAACAAGUACAAGUUUGAUCAGUCAAGAAAAUAUUGUCAUGCAGAGUAUUAGGAUAAUGGGAAAGGAAGUACAAAUGCCAUAUUUAAAUCUCAGUGGAAAAAAAAUCUUAUUAUUGAAGCCCAAAAUAUGGCAUCUGUUUCUGAAAUAUUGGACUACUCAUGUAUAAAGCAGUGAUUUCUUUUUAGUUGUUUUCAGUGAUAUGAAACCAGUGAUAAACACUGAAAUAGAAAAAACUGCCACAAUAGGUCUUCUCUAAAGCUGGAAGUAUCAUUCAAGUCUUGACACAGAGUCAAAGAUGAAAUUCUAAACUGAUUAACUUGUUAGAAAAAUGAAAUGGUGGGACCCUGAUACUUGCGUGUGAUGUCCCCAUGCUUUAUGUAGGCAGAUACAUUUUUGUUAGCAUAUUUGAAGCAUCAUGAGUUCUGUUUAGGUUAAAACAGAUGCCUGGUAUGCCUUGGUAUUUCUGAUUAAUAUAUUCUGAGUUUGCUUUAACCUCUUUGCAAGUAAGCAGACUGUCAUAACUGUGUUAACUCUUGCCACUCGUUUUGUAUUACAAGAAGUUUCAUGGUUGAACCUGAAAUGUCAUCUCUAUCUUUUGACUUUGUUCAGCAUUCUCAAGGCUAAUACAUAGAUAAAACAUGCAAAUAAGCAACUUGUGUCUAUAGUGUUAAGUGGUGAUCUGCAUUCUUUAUGCUAGGCUCCGUUCUGUAUGCCAGUACCUAGCAUCUAUAUGAAGCCAAUGAUCAUUUGGUUGGAUAGGAGUGCAGAACUGGGGUUUUCCAGUCCAGAAGUAACCAUCAAACUUCUCUGUAUUUAAGGACUAGUCUUUUCAGAAAAAUAACACUGAAUGAAUACAUAAUGAAAUUAUGGUGACCUAUGGAACUACUUUACAAUCAGUGCAUGCCCUAAAACACUGCUUUGUAACAUCUGUUUUAUACUAAAUGUUCGUGUUCAAGUGAGCCUUGUUAGCUAUUUGACAGUGACAGACAACAACAUUUAUAAACCUGUUAUAAUAAAUGCCUUUUUAGUCUAAGAAAAUGUGUGGUAUGGCAUUUAUAAAAGGGGGGAAAAAAGUCUAUGUGAGGCUAAAGAAGCCUUUGCUGCUGCCCUAUGUUAAAAAUUCCUUUCUGUGCCGCGGGCUUGGAUUUAUUACUCUGAGUAAUUGCAUUUAAUUCAGUGAGGCUGAUCACAGUAGCAAAUUAACAGAUGUGGGAAACUACAUUUUUCUUUUACCAUCAGAAUCACAGUGAAGCUGCAAAUAAAUGUAAUCACCUGCAUUUUAACAAAGAAUUAACCCAAUUGUCACUUGCUAUAAGAGAAAUGUAGAGGUUUCUGUGAUGACCUCUACGCUGUGUUUUUGUAAUGUAUUUGAAGCAACUAUCAUCAAGUUGCCAAUAUCAGAAAUCUGGGUGUUCUUUAUCUACUGUCAUCACUGCCCUAUUGCUUGGCCAGACAGAGCAGCUCCUGAAGCAGUGAGAACAGGCUUUUGCAGAAAAGAAAAUUAAAUGGUAUUAGAGAUUGGCAACAGAGAAGGAAAUCCCGUGAAACUCAGCAAGCAAAAGCAGCUGUAGAAGUCUCAAACAGGGAUGCUUCAAUUUUGGAGAUCUCACAGGUUUGAGCAGGUAUUUUAGCUCCUUGCUGGUGGAAUUGAGCAGAAGAGUUGGCUCAAGGCAUCAAAAGAUUUAUUGCUUUUACACCAUGUGCUCCAUUUGUUGUUUGUCGUAUUGCUACCCUGUAGCUUCAGGCAGCAAGAAAGGAUGGCUCUCAUGUGUGUCAGCUACUUGCACACUGUCCAAGCGACCAUGAUCAAUAGAUGCCUUAAAUAUAUUCAACAGAGGGUCUGAAAUUAUAUUGUCUUGUGCUAUGUAACAUUUGACAGAUUGGUAAGGCAUUUUCUGAAGAGGAUAUUAUUUUGUCAUUAAACUGGGGUGAAUUAAUGAAAUGAAAUUAACCUCAACAUUCACAAACGUUAGUAACAGAGGUUAUAACAAGGGAUAGAGAGUUGUUUUCUAACUACACAGGCCAGUGCUGACACCUUGUGGCUUCUUUAUUAUUUCAUAGUUUCAUGUGGUUAUUUCCAGUAUAAAUCAUAAUUAACUUGCUGUCGCCAGUGUUGUCUGUCUCCUUUGCUUCACGGCCACCUCUGUACCCAAUAUUUUACUAUCAUGUGUAAGACAGCUUGUAACUUUGAGCUGUGUUGACUGCACAUAAUAAGAACUAGAAGUGUCUGGUUUUUCUUGAAGGGGACUCAGAAAGCUUCGGUUCAGUGCACAAAAUCAUGGGUCAUUGUGCAGCAGCAGCAGACAGAAGUUACAAACUUCUCUCUUACUAGCUAAUACCUCCUUUUAUAUUUCCCUUUACAUAGAAGAACACUGAAGACUACCAUUAUUUACCAUAUGUGUACUUUUAGGCACAUACCUGUUUUCUGCAUUGACACAAAAGCAUUCCUGUGCUGCCCUCUUCACUAUUGAAGCAUUACUAAUUGCAAAAAUACAUCCAAAAGGACUGAGAAUUUCCAGCGGUAUAGUACCGUGAGGUGCACUUCUUACCUAUGGCCAUAAAAAUGUCUAAAUCAUGAUUUAUCAGUGCAAUUUACCCCUAGAUGGGCAUCUAAUCUACAAUCACAUAAUGCUUCAAAUCCUGAAUAAAACCAGCUGUGAAGGAUGCAGUUGUUUGAAAUCUGUUGUGGAAGUAAGUUUUCAGAGCUUGAGGUAUGCCUUGUGAAGAUCGCGCAUCGUCCCUCAACUCUCACCUUGGAGCUUGUUUUCUGAUGUUUAUGGUCAUGUCCCUGUUCUUAAGUGUUCAUGUUGUGGCCCUACAUGAGUUAGAAAUCUUUAUUUCAUUGCAUUGUGGCUUUGGUUUUGUUUGUUUGGGGGUUUUUUUAAUUCUUAUUUUAUUUCUGAUAUGUUAUUUAUAAUGAAGAGUAAAGCACAGAAUUGGAAAGGAAAGGUUUUCUACAGCAGGGACCAAAUCCUUAGCUUAUGUAAAUCAAGAUUUAUAGCUUCUCUCCAGUCAGAGGUGCCAUUAAUUUCUAUUCCUGAAUAACGUGACUGCCCGAGUCUGUUAGGAAAAAUGAAAGGAAUAAGGGUGUGCCUAUGAAGGUUUGACUUGCUGGCAUCUCUGUUUAUCUAACUCCCGCCAUGUAAGCUUUAACUGACACUUGCUAAUUGAAUUUUAAUGCAAUAAAUGUAUUAUAAUGAG